AUGAUACUAGCGCCACGAGAUGUUGAUAUAGAUUUACUUUCGGACAAAACAUAACCUUAUUAUUGCAUGUCUUGAUAAAUUUUGUAAAUAGCAUACGUUCGCUAUUUAUAAAUUUACUAAUUAAUCAUUAACGUUAUCUGUUCGUAUUAAUUAUAUUUAUAUGACAAUGUCCGAGACUAUAAAUGGAAUUUGUCUUUUAAUGUGUCCCGAGAAAGAAAGAUGGAUGAGAGAGAAAGAAGGUUUAUUGCAUCGAUUUGAAAUUGAUGAAAAAACGAAACAUUUAAAAAAACCAAAAGCCGAUCCGAAUAAAAUAAUAAAAAGUUUUUCUCGUCCAGCUGCUGGUCAGAUUAUGACAGAUCCGAGUCUUUUGCGACCAGGACCAGUAUUACUAUCAACAAUUAAAUAUUUAUUUACAAAGAUAUUAACACGCACAGAUGUAGAUUGGGUACAUAUAUAUGAUUUUACAUUUGAUCGAUUAAGAGCUAUACGGCAAGAUUUAGUGAUCCAAAGAAUUGGUACGAUUAUGAGUAUUCAACUUUUGGAACCCAUUGUACGAUUUCAUACAUAUGCCGCUCAAAGACUCUGUGAACGAAAUAUUUCUGAGUUUGAUCCAAAAAUUAAUGAUCAACAUUUGUUGGAAUGUAUUAAGCAAUUGUUAAUCUUAUACGAUACAGUAAACAAAACAGAGAAGUUAGAGCUUCAUGAAGACAUAGAAGUAUUAACAUUGAUUGAUAAUAGAGCAGAAAUGGAAGCAUUAUAUAUUCUUUUAAAUAUUGGAGAUAUCUCAGCAUUGAACAGAGCUUUAUCUCUUCCUGAAAAAUUAAGAAAGUUGGAGGAAAUUCGAUUAGCCACAAAUAUAUCUAUAGCUUGGUACUUAAGGAACUACGUACGAGUGUUUCGACUAAUACAAAAACUCCGUCCAAUACUUGUAUGUGCUGCAAUGUGCAAUUUAAAGAAUAUGAGAAGAAAUGUAUUACAAAUUAUGAGUUCUGGAUAUAAUAAUAAAAUUCUCACAUUUCCUGGAUUAAAAUUACAAGAGUUAAUAUUGUACAAAGACAUAGAAAAACUUGAAAAUGACUGCAAACUAUUUAAUUUAACAUUUACUAAUCAAAAUAUUUUGUUUCAAAAAACAUCGUUUAACGAUAAAAUAUUAUUGGCAAAUAGUGAAAUGUAUUAUACGCCUCAAAUAUUACACAAGUUCUUGCCAAAUAUACUUCUGGGAUCUUUAUAACCAAAUUAUUAAAAAAAAUUAUCUCC